AUGACCGUGCAGACGUUCACCAACGUGGGCAACCGGCGUGACUUAUUGUCGAUCGUCCAGCUGGAUGCGGAUGUGGGGUCAGCGGUUCUGGGUAGUAACUACUUAGGAUCCGCGAUGCCGCACCACAUUCGCAAUUUGUCCUUCAAGCGACGCGCCCUCGUCAACGUGAAGGAUGUGCGGGCGCAGGACACGCUGAAGUGGAUGCUAGCCGCCAGCCUCGUCCGGUCCAGUGACUGGAUGUUCAGCCACUGCGAGUACGCCGACGCUGACCCUGACGUCAAAUCCCCGUUCCUGGAGGUGGGGGAGCAGAGUAGUCGUGCUUGCAGCCCGCGUGGUUGCCGGCAAAAUGGGCGCUUUUAGGCUGUUAGAGGCUUGCAAUGGACAAUGUUCGGUCUGGAGGAGAAGUCAAAAAACAAGGAUGCGAUCAAGGCACCAGCACUUUUUGGCUGGCAGGCAGAGCAAGAUGGUUGUGAAUAUGUUAAAGUCAGAGAGUACAACCGGGGUCUGCGGCGUGUUUCGUGCUAUGUGUUAUUCUCUUUCGUGCUCGAAGGAGUGUCGCGCUAAAGCGCUAUGCUCGACCUGUUUACCGCGGAUACUGACACCUCAACCAACUGCAUUCGAUGGAUGGUUGAGGUAUGAGAAUAGAAGGAUAUAACGUAGCAUACAUAGUCAAGAGUCCUCUACUUUGCUCGCCCCUCGGCAGUCGGCCGAGGUUCCGGCGCUGGCGGCCCCUGCCGCCACAGCAGCGGCAGGCCCUAAUGGGUGCGGCGAUGGAGGGGCGUUGUCGGACGAAACUAAUCACCACCACGUGGACUCGGCGUUGGCUGGGAUCUACAACGGUGAGCGCGGUGCGGUAGCCCGAGUAAACUCUACCUUUCU